AUGGCUUCGCUUACAGAGUCUAGGGCGGCCUUUGCAGCCCGUGCGGCCGAAGUUGGCCUUACAAAUGCUGAAGUCACUGCAUUGACAGGGCGAGGUAUUGACACGCUGGCUCGCAUAGCAUUUGCUGCCGUUGGGCCAGGACAGAAUCCAAGUGACGCCCAAGUUCAGGACCUCUUCGGAGGAGCCCCAACAACUGCAGGGACGGUCGCUUCUACGAGGAGGUUGAUCUUCGAGGCUCAUACUCUGCUCAUUGCCGAUUUGAAGGGUCGAGUUGAAAAAGGAGAAGAUGCUUCAGUUGGUAGCAUGAGUCACGCUGAGCGUGAGAGUCGAAUGGCUCGACAGAAGGCACGGAUUACUGGAUUGAUGCACUCUGGAGUAGAAGAGCCUUCCUACGAGUCAUACAACCUCGUCUACGCGAUGUUGCAGAGAGAUGCGCUUGUUUACAUCCAUCCGGAGAAGUUUACAACGAGACGCCAGGAGCUCUCUUCGCAGAAGCCCAACAAACAGGUUGUGCUUGAUGGGAGCGGGGCUUUGAACAUCAAGGAGAAGCAGACUUCCUUGACGUGUGCAACAUCGGGGGAGCUUGAGCUGGUUCAGGCUCUACGCCGUAGGGCACUGGCUUUUGAUCUGGUUGGUGUUUGCACCUAUGAUACUAUGAAUCGCUAUCAUGGGGCCCUUGUGCAACGCAUGCAGGACUUGCCCCCGCCUAAGUACGCUAAAGUGUCUGUGCAUCAAGUCUUGAGAACUGAUCGUGCUGCGUUCUUCCACUUGGCAGAACAGCUUAGAACGAUCAAGCGCCAGGCGGACGGAUCCAUUCCGUUAGAUGCUGUGCUGCCUCAUGUUUUGUCAGAUCCAGCCGUAUCUUUUCACCUCCUUCCGCUUGCAUUGCCUGAGGUUGAGAAGCCCCCUAAGCAAUGGAAUGUCCUUGACAACAGGGGAACAAAGCGGCAGCAUGAGAAUGCGGACCAGGGAAAUCCUGGUCAAGGCCGUCAAAACCUUAAGGGCGGUGGCAACAAAGGCGGAGGCAAAGGCAAGAAUGAUAAGUUGCGUGUGCCCAAGCUUUUGAUUGGCAAAUGGUACCAAACGCGAGAAGGCGAGCGUCUCUGCUGGGCGUUUAACCUCCCAGGGGGAUGUGACAAGGCCAAAGCAGGUGAGAAAUGUGAGCGUGGUUGGCAUCUCUGCGCCGAGCCCAACUGCCUCAAAGCACACUCGCUUCAGGAGCAUCGUUCGUCGUCUAAUGCCGGCUGCCCCACCAUUCGUGUGGACUUGACUUCCGAGACGGGUCAACGUCACGUUCUGAGCAUUCUUCAGGAGGCCAUGGUCGUCUAUGUUCAUGUAUCUCCUCCGCACAAGAUGUUUUUCGCUGAUCGUUCAGCCUCGCCAGCUGUGGAGCAGCUGGCCCUUUUCAUAAGCCGCAUUUGCAAGUUAUGUGAUUCAUCGGGAAUUCUCUUCAGUGUCAUGAAUCCGGUGCGGAGCCCAUUUUGGAAGCUCCCUACUUGGGUCAAAGCCGAGGCCUCUGCGUCGCUCCGCAGAGUUGAGUUUGAUUUGUGCAUGCAUGGAGGAUGCCGCAAGCAGUCUUUUGUCUUGAUGUCCAAUGUUGUGCCUUUUGAUUUUCUUGAAAGUCGAUGCGACAACAAGCAUACUCAUGAGCCUUGGCAUUCGCAUGCCCAGCCUGAUAAUGUGAACGAGACUUGGCCCUUGGGGCGAAACAUGGCUGAUUUGCUUCAUGAUUUCAUGUGCCAUUUCGGGGCGGUCCCGGAGCCAUGCAAACUUAGUGAUGCAGCCCCUUCUGUUGUGGGCGCUCGAAGCUUGACAGGUCAUCAAUUAAAGAAACGGGUCCCGCCUCUGGUCCCCGAGUUUCGUCAGGUCAUUUCUGUGCAGGGUCCGUAUGACGCUUUGGCAAAGUUGCCUGUGUCCAAAUCCAAGUUGCAGGCACCGUGGCCGGUGCCAUCGUCAUGUUCUGCAAAGCCUGAGGUCUCUUCUGUUCCAUUGGGAAGCAAGGUCAUUCGCACUCACUUUGCGCGGGGUGGUGCUGAGUGCGAUUCCGUUGUCGAAGUUUCAGCCGAGUCUCUUCUUGAGUGUUUAUCCAACAUCAAGGGAACGCUCCCCAGUCGCGGUGAGGCCUGCGCUUCAUCUUCAUGUGUGAAAGGUGGAGCCUUUGUGCACGGCGGUGUCACAGGAGUCUUGCAGGCCACAAAGCUUCAUCCCCAAGUCAUUGAGCAGAUGUGUGCCUUUGUUCGAAAGAUCGCGCCGUCUCUUGAGUUCGGUGCGGUCACAUACAGUCGCGACAUCUUCACGGCUGUUCAUCGAGACAGCCACAACGAGGCCUCGUCAUGGAACAUGGUUGUUUUGCUGAAGCCUUGUGACGGGGAGGGGGGCGGUAUCUGGGUUGAGGAUGCUUCGGGCGAUGUCUGUAAGAACAUUAAUGGGCGAGACGUCCGUGGCAGAAUUCUUGAUCCGAGUGCAGGCCCAGUUUUCUUUGACCCACGCAAGUGGCAUGAGACACAAAGGUGGACGGGGCACCGGCAUGCAUUGCUUGCAUAUCUGCCUCGGAACUUGGAGUGGCUAUCUGCAGCCGACCGAGACUUCGUGCAACAGGCUCUUCAAUCAAAGCAUCCUUGCCACUUGGACAACUUGCUUCCGGAUGAGCUCAAGGCAUCGAUCAAGGCAAACAUGAGCAAAAGUGAGGCCGAGAUUGCACGCGAGCGCACUGCAACUAUGAGGCGGUUCAUCAGCAUGUCCAAUGGCCUUGUAGAUGCCGAGCGUGAGCUUCACGAAGGUUUUUCGGAGCAUCGACGUAAAGUCCUUGAUGGUAAGCGGCUGUUGCUCUUCAAGUCCAUCCUCGAGGAGGCUGGUCAUGCAGAUGAUAACUUGGUGCACGACAUGAGCAAUGGCUUUGAUCUGGUGGGCAAGCUUCCGGAGUCACAUGUGUUCGACCACCGCUAUCGUCCUGCACUUAAGACUGAGGAAGAGCUGCGAGCCGGGGCGUCAAGGUCUCGGGCUGCGGUUCUUGCAAUGGUCCAAAGUUCUGGUGAUCCUGUCAUAGAUGACGGAGUCUUUGCAGCUACGCAAAAGGAGCUCGACCUUGGCUUCUUGGAAGGACCGGUGGAUCCGGAGCAGUUGCCAAUGGGUGCAACACUGACGCAUCGGUUCGGUGUCAUUCAAGGCCUUGACUCUGACGGCAAUCCCAAAGUGAGACCAAUCGACAACUACAAAAGCUCGGAGGUCAAUAGCGUGGUAUCUCAAACCGAACAGGUUCCUGUGCACACGGUCGAUGUCAUCGCUGGAACUUUGAGCUAUUGGCUUCAGGCUUGCGUAAAGGCCAAAGUGAAGAAAGAGAUGGUCAGCAAAGCUUGGGAUCUUAAGACGGCUUAUAAACAACUGCCGCUGAGUGAUUCUGCUUUUGAGCUUGACAGCUACAUUGCAGUGUUCUGUCCAAGGAGCAAAAAGCCAAAGGUGUACAAGCAGCGAGUCCUGCCUUUUGGAUCGAAGGCCAGUGUGACUGGAUUCAUCCGUUGCGCAUAUGGUCUGUGGAAGAUCGGAUGUGUCCUUUUAUCCUUGAUCUGGAGCUGCUACUUUGACGACUUCCUUACCAGCAGUUGGGAAAGCGCAAGCAAGCAUUUGGACAUGAUUGUUACAAUGUUUUUCAGACUUUUUGGCUGGAACGUUUCUCUGGACAAACAGCUGGGCUUCGACAGCAUGUGCAACGUGCUGGGUGUGACGCUUGAUCUUCGUGAGGCAAAGUUCGGUGUAGCAUAUUUUUCUAAUACAGAGAAGCGUGCUGCUGAGCUGCGAGCUGUCUUGACGGAAUACGUGACAGGCGCCACUUCGCUGCCUAAAGGUGCCGAUCUUGCGAAGCUUCGUGGGCGGCUUCAGUUCGCUUUUGGACAGUUGUUCGGGAGGCGGGCACGGCAUGCGCUGGGCGCUCUCACUGAUGAGCCGCUAGCUGGCAGAGAGCAAAUGUUACAAUCGAUGCGAGUGCUUCUGAACUUGUUUGAGCAUGGGCGGCCACGCCGGGUCGCCGCUACUUGGAGUUCUGUGGUCCAUGUGUAUGUGGACGCUUCGUUUGACUACGACGGCUACUCUGGAAUCGGUGGCAUGGCGUACGACUCGUCAGGCCACAUCCUCGGAUGGUUUGGCAUUGAAGUUCCCACUAAUGUCCUUGAUGCCAUCUGUACAUACGGAGAUACUACUCAUGAGACUGUCAUCUUCGAGUUGGAGGCGUUAGCAGUGCUGCUUGCAUUGCGCAGCUUCGCUUCUUUCUUAAAAGGUGCUAACAUCGUGGUCUUCACCGAUAAUGAAGGCGUCCACGGUGCUUUCGUUCGGUGCAAGUCGGCAAGCGUAUAUGGCCAUCAGGUGAUCACUUGUGCUUGUGAUUCUGAGGAAAGUUUGGAUUGCUUGAUAUGGUAUGAGCGAGUACCAUCGAGCUCAAAUCCUUCUGACUGUCUCUCACGAGGCGAGGAGCUCAAGUACACGUCAAGUCGAGUUCAAGUUAGCAUCACAGAUGCUCACGAAGAAGUGUGUGCUGCAUGCCUCUAG